AGCACACGAUGGGGGACAACCCAGAUGUCCAAAACGACCUGUCGUUUCGUAGCGAUUCAGGUGCAAGUAGUGGCUCCAAAGAGCAGAGUACAAAGAACGUGACUGUUGGAGAUGUGACAGACAUUCCGGUGGGACGUGGGCGUGCAGAAGACACUGAGGAUGAGGAGAAUGAGCAUGACUCACAACCAGAUCUAGAGAAGGAGUACAGGAGCUUAAAACCCUGUCCAGAGGACACCGCCAACAUCUUGUCCAUUACUUUCUAUUCUUGGCUGUCCGAUCUGAUCAAACGAGGGUCAAAGGGACCGCUUGAGCACCACGACCUAUAUGCUCUGUCGGAGGAAGAACUGGUGGGCACACUGACUGAUACAUUCUAUGAGCUCUAUCCCAGGUGUAGAUAUG